UCACUUCGAGUAUAAAGAGGAUGCAGGGUCCUCCAGAGUUCUUCUUCAUUUCUUACCCAUGUUGGACGGGACAGUUUAACACAGGACUAUAAAAAAAGAUUUCGCCUCGGAAACUUCGGGAAUGGAAGCGGCAGAAACGGUGGCUUCUCUGGUGAAUGACAUCGCUCAGGAAGUGCUGGGCUCAGUCCUUAGGAGCGCCUCCCUUCAUCUAAGCAACAAAUGCAAAAAUAACAUCCUGAUCAACCCACAGGUUUACACCAGCAGUGGAUACUCCUACGACCCCCCGCAGCCCACGGUGGGAAAGGGGGUGACAGAAGUCUGUGCUUUUGGGCAAACAAAAGGAACUGCACGUGGUUCUGUGGGGGUCCUGACUUAUGACAUCGCCAUAGACCGGAAGACGAGAGCAGUCCACCGUCUGGCCAUCAUGUUCUCUGUGCCUUUCGACCACAAUCUCUACGAGAACUGGUUUGCCCUGGGUUUGUUUGACACCAGCCAAGUGUGUGAUGAAUCUCUGUUUGAUCUUAUGUAUUACAAGGAGGGCUCAUUCAUGAGGGCAAAGGCGUCUGGUUCAGAAAUGAGCUUCCAAGCUGGCCAGUACAUCUUGAGGGGAACCAUGUGUCCAGUGGCGAAUGCAGAGGUUAAAGUGGAACUCUGGGACCACGAGGUUCCCAGACUGCGUUCCACUCACAGCUGGCUCAGUACAGUGGCCAAACGCUACUUUAAGUGUGUUCAUUCUGCCUCAGCAUGAGCAUAUCAUUCAUGAAAUAUAUUUCUAUAUUUAUAUCAGCAUAUUAAACAUAAACAUAAAAAGGUUGGCCCAGCUGGCUCCUAUAAAUAAAAUAAAUAAUGCCAUCAACAAUAUGAAAAUAAAACAAUCAAUAACUACGGUCAAUCGAUAAAAAAAUAUUAAGUAAAUGACGAGCCAAAAAUUCUUAAAGUUCUUGUUGUUUCCAGUGAUUAAACAGCUUUUUAUCAUUGUGA